AUGUUUCUGCCAGCGAACAUGUGCUCGGGGACUGAUAGGGCCAGAGAUCUCUUGACGCGCCACCAAAAGACAUGUAAAGCAAGACACAGCCCGCUAUCUGAAUACCGGGCACGUCCAGUAGCCCAGGCCGAAAGACUCCAGCCUCGUCUUCCGAUGGCUCCAAUGGCGUUGGCUUUAGUGGGCCCAGAAUCAAGUAUGCUGCUUGACCAGCCGUCGUCGCUAGACUUUGCGGCCUGGGACUCUCUACAUGCACCUCCCAUGGCGUCCGACAGUAUCACCACGGGGGAGAAGCUGGAGUAUCUGGCCGACUUCACCAGAUCCAACGGCAUGGCGACGUUUCUAGACUAUGAAACACUCAAGCAGCGACAGAAACUCCUUCUCGACUGCAGUGAGAGCCACCUGACGGACCAUCCCGCUGUGACAGUUGAUCCCGCACUCCACCACCAACCCUGCCAUCUAGAUCCCCUCACUCUCAAGACGCACGAAAUCACCCACUGUCUUCAACAUGUCAUCAGUAACAAAUUCGAGAAGGUUGUCAUCAAGUUAGACUGGGCCCCCGACGUCCAAGCAUCCUGCGAGGCCUUCUACACUCCUCGGAAUAUCCGCCGCUUUCUGGAGUACUUCUGGGCGCUAUGGUACCCCAACUGUCCUAUCGUGCAUCGACCUUCUUUCGACCCGCUGGGUGCACCUGUUGCCUUGCUCUGUGUUAUGGUAUUGAUCGGGGCGUGUCUCUCCCCAUACGAAGACGACGGCCACGCCGCGAGGAUGUGGUUGGACGGUGUUGAGGAGCUGGCUUUUUGCAAUGGGUGUUUCCACGAAGAGAGCGGAAAACUGAUGGUAACUGUGCCGCGCCUCAAGUCCCGCGUGGAAAGUCUUCAGACUGCAUACCUGGUCUGCUGGCUACAGAAGAGGGAGGGCUCGGUCGAAGCGCAGGGUAGGGUGAGGAGGCAUCGGCAUGCGGUGAUGGUCACGGUUGCGAGAGACAUUGGCAUUGAAUCUGCGACGCAUCGCAACCUAUGGCUGACUGACCCGUCAGAGAACUGGUGGAGGCAGUUUGCCAUUGAAGAAGCGUUGAUUCGGCAUGUCCCCCAUUCUGUUUCAACGACUCUAACAUACGUCUUCCUCAUCGACGCCGCCACGGCGAUAUUCCAUCACACCCCGCCACGGAUGGUGGUCUCGGAGCUCCAAAUGGACAUGUCCUGCCCCGAGCCCUGUUUCCAAGCAGACUCGGCGAUAGAAUGCUUCAACCUCCUCCGAGGCUGCGAGGGGAGCACCUUCUGGUCGGCGAGGCUGUCUGUUGCCGAAGUGGCACGGAGGAUAUGCCAGGGCGAGCUAGAUGAACAAUGCAUCCACGAAUACUCGACGAUGGGGACGCUGAACCUCUUCACGACCGUGCAGGCCCUCCACUCGCUGCUGAUGAUCCCACUCCAAAACUCUCCGGCCUUGGACUCGACGCUGGCUCCGGUCCAGAUCGGGUUGGACAAUUGGCGGCGCAUGUGGAUCCACCGACGGCCAGAAGACCGAAGGAUACCGGACCAGCCUCGCUGCCUAUGGAAGAAGAUCGGGGUUGUGCGCUAUGCGCCGGGGGUUUGGCAUCUGGCGCGAAGCCUCCUGGCUCGGAUGACGGCCAGCGCUAUGGGGCCGAUCCCGGAGUCGUCUAGACAAGGCCCGGCUCGAGACGGUCAUACGGACAUGACCGAUGUUAAUGGGUUGAUUAUGGAGUACCAACAGCUGAAUCUAGAUGCUUCGUCGUCUUUCUAG